AUGCCCUGGGCCGCGCACCACGCGGCGUUGGCGCCGUCCUCGCGCGAGACGACGGGCUCGCGCGAGCGCCGGACGAAGGGGCCCCACGGCGACGACGACUCGGCGACGCCGAUCGACUCCGCGUGCGCGCCGCCGGGGUCCGCGACGCCGCCGAAGAAGAGGAACCACGCGCAGCCGCCGCCGUUCGCCGCGCAGUCCCGCACGGCGCCCGGCGUGAAGACGGCGUGGGCGUCGAAGGCGCCCGCGGUCCCGGACCCGGCGACGACCUCGCCCUCGUGCCGCCACCGCGCCGUCGGGUCGUCGAACCGCGAGGCGUUGAGCGAGAAGUGCGAAAUUUGGCCCGCCGCGUACCCCUCGGCGCCCGAGGGCUGA